GUUUAUGCAUGUAUGAUGGUAUUCUUCCUGAGCAACAUGAUUGAGAACCAGUGCAUGUCCACGGGCGCAUUUGAAAUAACCUUGAAUGAUGUUCCAGUGUGGUCUAAGCUAGAGUCUGGCCACCUCCCUUCCAUGCAGCAGCUUGUACAAAUCCUUGAUAACGAAAUGAAGCUCAAUGUGCACAUGGAGUCAAUGCCUCAUCAUCGAUCAUAGCCCCAUCUAUCAGCACUGAAACUUCUUGCAUUAAGUGGCAGUUCCCAAAGGCCGCGUGGCUCGGACCCAUGAAGGGCUGCACUGAAGACAGCUCGCUGUUGGUGCAGACUGGAUGCCUCUCUCGCAGCCACGUCGUGCCUCCUGAAAAAAGCUUAAUGAAAGACUGCUUUCAGUGCUGGCCUGUUCCUGAUACUGCACAGUCAUGGAGUGCAAUAAUACUGUAUAGUUUUUUUAAGAUUUCAUUCAACCAGUUCAUAGCUCAGCAAUGCAGGCAUUACUAAUGGUAACUUAUUUUAUAUUCAUGUUUCACACAAUGGCAGAUGGAGUUGAUAACCUAAUUUUUCCUUGGGAAAAAAAGUUUGUUUAAUCCGUUGUAUUUUAUAUGAAUUUAUGUUCUUUUUGUAGUUUAAAAUGAAGUUACAGGAGUGUCUGGUAUUGUCGUAAGUAAUUGACAGCUGUCUAUCAAAUAUCUCUAAUGUGGUAAAAGCAGGUUUGUAUAUUUUUCAAAAUAUAUGCCAGAGUUGAACAGUGCGUUAUAUACUAAGUUAUAUGAACCAAAUUAUAUACAGAGUAGUUACAUCACUUUGUGACUUCAGUAAAAGUAAAAAUCAACUGCUUUUUAAAUUGUGUUGGCCAGCUUGGGAGGCUUUUCCUUGACCGUUCUGAAGAGGUGAGAAGCUGGGCUCUUCUACUGUCCUAAACAGAAACCAAGGGAGUUAAUUUAAAUAAAGAGUUCUCAUUUACUGUGUGAAGUACCUUGUUUGAGUCAC